UGCAGCUGACUCGGGUUUGACUGCUCCCACAGACCCGAGAAGUCCCUUUUGGAGGAUGUGUGCCUUAAUGGCCUCUCAGAGAGGGGUCAGCAGUGCCUCCCGGAAGUUGGCCUCCCCCGAGGCUGCGGGCUCCUCUGGCUCCUCUCAGACCAUGAAGAAGACCAUCGGCCACCGGGGGGUCGACGUCACCGGAGAGACCACCUACAAAAAGACUACCUCGUCUGCAUUAAAAGGGGCUAUCCAGCUUGGCAUCACCUAUACAGUUGGCAGUCUGAGCCAGAAGGCCGAGAGGGAUGUGCUCAUGCAGGACUUCGUAGUCGUCGAAAGCAUCUUCUUUCCCCGGGAGGGCAGUAACCUGACUCCAGCGCACCACUACACUGACUUCAGGUUUAAGACCUACGCUCCGAUCGCCUUCCGAUACUUCCGAGAGCUCUUUGGGAUCCGACCUGACGACUACCUGUAUGCCCUCUGCAGUGAGCCUCUGAUCGAGUUGUCCAAUCCCGGUGCGAGCGGCUCAGUGUUCUACGUAUCCAGUGACGACGAGUUCAUCAUCAAAACAGUGCAGCACAAGGAAGCAGAGUUCCUGCAGAAGCUCCUGCCAGGAUACUUCAUGAACCUGAACCAGAACAAGCGGACGCUGCUUCCCAAGUUCUACGGGCUGUACUGCGUGCAGGCGGGCGGCAAGAACAUCCGCAUCUGUGUGAUGAACAACCUACUGCCCAGGGCCAUCCCCAUGCACCUCAAGUUCGACCUCAAGGGCUCCACCUACAAGAGGCGCGCCUCCGCUAAGGAGCGAGACAAGAAGGUGCCAACCUACAAAGACCUGGACUUUAUGCAAGACCUCCCUGAUGGCCUUCAGAUGGAAACGGACAACUACAACGCACUCAGCAAGACCAUCCAGAGAGACUGCCUGUUGCUUCAGAGCUUCAAGAUCAUGGACUACAGCCUGCUGGUGGGCAUCCACAACGUGGAGCAGGCACUACGCGAGCGGCUGGGGGCCAUGGAGCAGAGCGCGGGAGGAGGAGGAGGAGGGGCAGGCGGCGAGGGCCCCAUCACGCCCGACCAGAAGAGGCCCCAGGGCCAGAAGUCCCUCUACUGCACCGCCAUGGAGUCCAUCCAGGGGGAGGCGCGGGGCAAGGGCGCCAUGGACAGCGAGGACCACAUGGGAGGCAUUCCAGCACGCAACUCCAAAGGAGAGAGACUGCUAAUCUACAUGGGCAUCAUAGACAUUCUUCAGUCCUACAGGUUCGUCAAGAAGAUAGAGCAUUCCUGGAAAGCCCUGGUGCAUGAUGGGGACACGGUGUCCGUGCACAGGCCUGGCUUCUACGCUGAGCGCUUUCAGAGGUUCAUGUGUAACACGGUCUUCAGGAAGAUCCCACUGAAGCCGUCGCCCUCUAAGAAGAGUCGUGGCGGAUGUCCUAGCGUGGUGCGUCGGUUGCCCAUGCCAACAGGUGCGCCUGUGGGCAGUGGGGCGGGAGGGCAUUCCGUAGUGGACGCGCGGCUAGUGUACCGGCCACACUUCGGCCAGUCGGAUGCAGACGACGCAGGCAUGCAGUCAGGCAGGCCGGACAUCCUGCCCCGUACGGCCCCUGAGGCGGGCGACUCAGGUGACUAUGGGGACGCUGUGGAGACCAACCUCUCCAACUCCUCACUAGGCAGCACGGGCCUCGGCUCCGCUUCCCCCCCACUCAGGUCAGUGGGGGUAGAGGUGCACAAAUCUGCAAGCAUAGAACAAGAGCACAAUAUGUCACACAAUGCGGAGGAUGAAGGCUUAGGUGAACACGCCGGCAAUGAAGACGCCAUCUCACUCAACGACAUCAUUCCAGAGACCAACAUUUGUUUUUAAACUCUACAAAAGUCCACAAAAGAACACUUCAUGCAAAACGGAAUGCUCUUCCGUUCCGACUGCACACACCCACACACCAAGAGCCCUGGUUUCCCAUGGACAAACGACAGAAGGAGGAAGAAAAGACUGCGAGAGGAGAAUGAAGAGAGCUGUGUGUGUGUGUGCAUGUGUGUAUGUUUGUCCAUGUGUGUCCAUGCAUACACACAUGAGCUCAAGACAAGUGUAUAUACACAUGUGUGUGUGGGUGUGUGUGUGUCUGUAAGCUUUUCCCAUACCCACAAGGCUAUGCUGCUAACACUCCAAUUCCCAUCAUGCAUCACUGGACUGAGAUGCUCAAUUUUCCCAUCAUGCAUUACUGGACCCAGAUGCCCAGUUUUUCCCAUCACGCAUCACUGGACCAAGAUGCGCUCAGUUUUCCCAUCACGCAUCACUGAACCAAGAUGCGCCCAGUCAUCACAUGAUGGCGAUGCCCAAUUCAAAAACCCCAUUUGGCCAGCAUUACGCCCAGCAUGAUUGAGCCAUCAUUGGGCAGUGCUCCAGCUAUUGGUGCAGUGCCAAUCGCCAGGUGGUGUGCUGUGCAGUGCCGCAGGUGUGGGUGCCAAGCCCCAGGUGUAUUGUGCAGGGCCCCUGCUGUGGGUGCAAUGCCAAGCCCCCCAGCUUAGCACGACCACCCAUGGAGAGGAACCUGUAGUCGUGUAGAACUGGAAUGGGAUGAUCUCCUCCUCUCCCUAUCAGCGUGUGGAAACAUCCCAGCUACUCUCCUCUCUUCCAACCUGCCAUGCUUUACCCUGUCCUUCCCCUUCUCCUGUCCCUGUCCUCUGUCUAUCCCAGUGUGGACAAACCAGAAAGGAGCAAUUUUAUUUAAAACCAGUCCAGCACAACUUAUUACUGUAUCACAGUCUGGCUCUACGUAUGAUCCUAUAAGAGCUUACUAUCUGAUCAUGUUGGUUUUCUUUCUUGAUUUCCUUCCCCCCCCUCUUUCCUUCAUUCCUUCCUUCCCCUUAUUUCCUUCCUUCACUCCUUCCCUCCCUCCGUCUCCUCCCCCUGGUUCAGUGUUGCAAAAUAUCCUGUGGUCUCGGACAUUUCCUGUGCAGCCAUAACUGAAAGAGCUUUGAUGUGCAGACUCCACUGGAUCCUACAUGUGUGCUGCUGGCAUUGGUGUUGGUUGUGCAUCAGCUGAUCUUGGCAGUGAAUAAACGUACAAGGGGUGUGUGGGGUUAUGCCCUCUGUA